UGGUGGGUGUUUAUUUUUCACAUGAUGGGUUUGGGGGGAUACUCUGUGAGACAUCAUAGAGAUACGCCGAUUUUCAUAUGCCGAGUUUAAAGCAUAACCAUUACUAAACUGACACAUUUCAUGAAGACAGAAACCUAUGGGCUAUAAGGGUUUCAAAUAGCUCAUGCGUCAGAAGGAUCCCCGAAUCCCACUGCCUAGUGGUUGGUAGGCUGAGGGAGGCUGUGAGUGAGUGGGCAAUGAGCAUGGGCAAAACAUUGCGGAAGCUGCGACGGAGGCACCUGAAAAUCGCUCGACCCAGAGUCCAUGUCGAGGACUCAAGCGAAAACUGGCCUGUUCUCUGUAGUCUGUUACCGCUUCGUUCUGGAUAAGGGAAUUUAGCCAUAAGAUGUCGUUGCGUCACAAAAUGAGCUAGUUUGAGAGACUCGCUUCAAUUAGGCUACUGCUGCGGGAGAACGCUUACAUAAGCUACUGUAUCUCGCUCGUCUGCCGGGAAAAUGAAGUGCAACCCCAGCUUGCUUCAGGUGCAAGCUGCAUCCAACGGGAACCUCUUCUUCUUUUCAGUCUCAAACGUUGACCACCCCGAUGCAGCACUUCACUUCGUUACGGUCCCAGUUUACCACUUCUGACAUGGACUAUGAGAGACCAAACGUUGAGACCAUCAAAUGUGUAGUGGUCGGGGACAAUGCAGUGGGAAAAACCCGUCUGAUCUGUGCCCGAGCCUGCAAUGCCACUCUGACUCAGUACCAGCUGCUUGCCACACAUGUGCCUACAGUGUGGGCUAUUGACCAGUACCGAGUGUGUCAGGAGGUGUUGGAGCGUUCUAGAGAUGUCGUGGAUGAUGUCAGUGUGUCUCUGCGUCUGUGGGACACCUUUGGAGACCAUCACAAAGACCGUCGCUUUGCAUACGGAAGGUCAGAUGUGGUGGUCCUGUGCUUCUCCAUAGCAAACCCGAACUCCCUCUUUCAUGUCAAAACCAUGUGGUACCCAGAAAUCAAGCACUUCUGCCCUCGCGCUCCUGUUAUUUUGGUGGGGUGCCAACUGGACUUGCGCUACGCAGACAUAGAGGCAGUGAAUAGAGCUCGGCGGCCUCUUGCCAGACCAAUCAAAUCAAACGAGAUCCUUGCGCCAGAAAAGGGGCGUGAGGUGGCCAAAGAGUUGGGGGUGCCGUACUACGAGACCAGUGUGGUGGCCCAGUUCGGUGUGAAGGAUGUGUUUGACAAUGCCAUCCGUUCAGCGCUUAUCACGCGGCGCCACCUGCAGUUCUGGAAGUCGCAUCUACGCAACGUGCAGAGGCCCCUCCUGCAAGCACCCUUCCUUCCCCCCAAACCGCCGCCGCCCCUCAUCACUGUUCCUGCGCCCCCCUCCACUCCGGAUGAACACCCUGCCCGCCUGUUGGAAGACCCGCUGUGCGCAGACGUGGUGUUGGUCUUGCAAGAACACCAGCGUAUAUUCGCCCAUAAGGUGUACCUGGCCACGGCUUCAUCCAAGUUCUACGACCUGUUCUUGGCAGACAUACGGGCCGAGGGGGAGGCUGUGCAGCAGCCAGCGGGGCGGGAGCCCCCAGCGCGGGCUGCCAGCUUUGAUGCGUGUGAGAGUGGAGAGGAGGGAGGCCGUGUGGCCCUCAGGGCCUGCAUCAGUGACGGGACCCUGAUCGGAGGAGACUCGGAUAGAGACCAGGAGGCAGGACACUUAGGCCGGUUGCCAUCAUCCUGGGGGCGGGCCUUUGUUGGCAUCCAGAGGGAGAUGGUGGAUGAUCCCAUCACUCACAUGGCUCGGCCAAUGACUGUAGUGUGCAUGGACCCGUCGGUGCUGGCCGGCCCGUUCCGUGUGGUUCUGCGCUACCUGUACACAGGCCAGUUGGAUGAACAUGAACGAGAACUCAUGCACAUCGCACACAUCGCUGAGCUGCUGGAGGUGUUUGACCUGCGCAUGAUGGUGGCCAACAUUCUCAAUAAUGAGGCCUUCAUGAACCAAGAAAUAACCAAGGCUUUCCACGUAAGACGGACUAAUCGGGUGAGGGAGUGCCUGGCCAAAGGGACCUUUUCAGACGUGGUGUUCAAGCUGGAUGACGGUACCGUUCAAGCACACAAACCACUGCUGAUAUCCAGCUGUGACUGGAUGGCAGCGAUGUUUGGGGGUCCUUUUGUGGAGAGCUGCACCAAGGAGGUGCUCUUCCCCAACACCACGCGCAGCAGCAUGCAGGCGGUGCUGGAGUACCUGUACACCGGACGCUUCUGUUCCAGGCCUGACCUGGACGCCAUGGAGCUCAUCGUCCUGGCCAACCGCCUCUGCUUGCCUCACCUGGUGGCCCUCACAGAACUCUACACAGUGACUGUCCUGAAAGAGUCUGCCUCCACUGGAACGGACAUUGAUGGAGACGUGCUGCUCUACCUGGAGAUGGCCCAGUUCCAUUGUGCCUACCAGCUGACCGAUUGGUGCCUUCACCACAUCUGCACCAACUACAACAACGUCUGCCGCAAGUUCCCCCGUGACAUUAGGGCCAAGUCAGCAGAAAACCUGGACUACUUCGAAAAGCAUCGCUGGCCUCCAGUUUGGUACCUAAAGGAGGAUGACCACUAUCAGAGGGCUCGGAAAGAGCGUGAAAAAGAGGAUUAUCUGUACCUGAGACGGCAGGGUAAACGCAAGUGGGUUCUCUGGAACCUGCCCUCCUCUCCAACAAACCCAUCUUCAUCCUCCUCCUCUGCCUCGCCAUCCAGCUCCUCAGCCAUAAUCUGAACUCCUGCUGUAGUUGCCAAAACAUUCUGACCAGUGACAAAGAUGGAGGAGGGUGUAAGUACAUGCAGUCCAGGCACUGCCAUCUUCUGUCCCAAAGCCCCAUGUAAAGUGCUGUAUGUCUACCACAGCUCUUCUCUUAAGGCCCAGUCGAUGUCUUCUGCAAUUCAUACUGAAAUGCUGGUCUGCCAGAUGAGAUGUGUGAGUUUUAUUAGGGGAGGGUCAGUUUGACCUUACUCUUGCUCUUUUGAGAAUUCAAUUUGAGUCCCGAGAACAUUGCUGCAUCUCAUCCUUGGUAUCUCAAAUGAGAUUAGGGAUUAUGUGUUAUACCUUACACCAUUGAUAUUCCUUUCAUGAAACUCAUCGAAGCUCUCAUGUAACAGAAGUAGCCUAGUAUAAUGAUUGAUUUUUCAAGCCAUUCCCCUGUACAUCCGAAAGUGGAAAAACAGACAUACCCAUGGAUCUGAAUACUGAAAGGUGCAACAAUGAAUUUGUAAGUGGAGCUAACCCGCAAAAACACGCUUCUUGAAAACGGCUUGAACAGAAACACUCAGCCUGGUACAAUAUAGUUUGCAGGUAGAAAAACCUAUAUGAGUGGUCAGUUUCUGAACAGUGGAAGCAGUGGCAACACAUAUUGCUUUACACUUUGAUAGCAGAUGUCUAAUAAAUCUAAUAGAGGUAUUGUUAUUUUUCAUAAUGUAAUUUCACUCCGAUCACUUUUAAGUGACGAAAUGUCACUCGCUGACAUUCUCAUCUCCAGUGAAGUAUAGAGGGGCAUUAAGUCUGAUGAAAAUUCCUCAGCUGCAGACGACCCAAAACUGUGGUAUUUGUCCAGCCUGUCUAACCUGUGAUACACUGUAUCAGUGGGGUGGGGAUCCUCCAUGCUUCUCUCUGCGGGCAGAGGUAAAGCUACUAUUUCUUCCCUUUAGUUUUAGUCUUACACUGCCAUUCAAAGAUUAUCCUUAACUAUACUAUACUUAGACAAAUAAGCACUUAAUAAUCCCGGGGUCUUUGUGCUGCCUAGGAGUGACCAUUGACUACAUUCCUUCUGGAUUACUCUCUACAAUUUGGUACAUAUAUUCUAAAUUGAUGUCACGGUGGUACGUUAAUCACUUUGAUAAGUGUAUAGGUGGACUACAGCCAGUUUGAGGAGAAUUGCUUCAUUGUAAUAAAUCUAUACAUUCCUGUGUAACUGCUGUACUUUACGUCUCUGAGUGUACUUUAAAUUAUUGUAUGGACUGCUGUCUCCUGUUGAGCACUGCACAAAAGUGAAUAUUGAGUGUUGAAUGUGUACUUUGUAGACUGAGCAGAAGCAGAGUGAAAUGCAUGCUGCAUAUCUUGAGGUGUUUUCCUCUUUUUGUUCUGCCAAACCUUACCAACAUGUUGGGUGAAAAAUGAUUACUUUGUAUAUAUUAGUAAUGUAAUCAUGUUGUAGUGGCAUUUGUGUCAGACGUAUCAGACAUACCCGUCAAGACAUCUGCAUGGAAAUAUUUUCAGAUCUGUGUCUAUAUGAUAUAUAAAAUCUUUGUGUAUAAAAUCA